CUCGUUCGUCUCAGGCGGCAAAACCAAAGAGCAUAGUCACAAUUUAGGCGGGAAAUAAAUUUGAAAAAUGUUAAGAACCCGCCAUCAUUUUCCGAAGUGCUAAACCCGCCAUCUCUGCAACCAAGAUAUCAACUCCACCAGUUCGAUCUUCAUAUUGUAACUAUGGAUCUUUUUGAGAUAGCAAAGAAGCUUGGGAUCUCAGAGUCUAAGCAACUCAUUCGAAAAGCCGCCGAGCUUCGUCGACUUUGCGAUGUCCAGUUUGAUUCCUCCGCUAUCGGCGUCGGUGAGGUUUGUAAAGCUGUAAUCUGUUUAGAGAUCUCGGCGACAAGAUUGGGAGUUUUAUUCGAUCGGCAAUGUGCGAUAAAGUUGAGUGGAAUGUCCGAAAAGGCUUACACCAGAUCCUACAAUUUGCUCCAGAACGGUCUUGGAGUCAAGAAUAAGCUGGACGUUAGAGAAUUGGCCAUUCAAUUUGGGUGCGUUAGAAUAAUCCCUUUUGUGCAGAAGGGCUUGUCUCUUUACAAGGAUCGAUUUCUUGCUUCACUGCCCGCAUCUCGGCGAGCAAGUGCAGACUUUACUCGUCCUGUGUUUACUGCUGUAGCCUUCUACUUGUGUGCAAAGAAGCACAAGCUAAAAGUAGACAAGCUUAAGUUAAUUGAGCUUAGUGGUGCCUCAGAAUCUGAAUUUUCUUCAGUUUCUGCUUCCAUGAUCGACUUGAAUUUUGAUGUUUUUGGUAUUUCAAAGGAGAAAAAGGAUCCUCGAGAAGUGAAGGGGAACCGAGAACUACUAGAUGUUUUACCAGAAAAAAGGAAGCUUGAGGAUGGUGGUUAUUCAUCUGAUGCUGAUGAGGGAGAAGAGGUUUCGAGUUACAAGAAGCACAAAAGAAUGGAAAAGCACAAAUAUGAUGAAUGGAAAACUUCAGUCCUUGAAUCAAAUAAACAAAGCAAGACCAAAUCCAAAGUUGUUUGUAAGAGGACCACGCAAACUCGCCUCAGCUUUCUGAAGGAAACAUCAGAGACCCAAAAGUUGGAAGCUAGCUAAAACAGAUAAGAUUACUCCAUCUUUUGCUAUAUUUGCAUGAUCAUUUUUGUGUUAGUUGAAGUGUGCAGAGAGCAAACAUUUAUUCAAACAGUAAUUCUAGAACCCCUAAUGUGUUGUGGGGUUUAAAUAUAUUAGAAUUAUGUGCUGUAUGUUGCUUGGCACAUUGAAAGCUUUUACCGCUUGUGCUUCUUCCUGCAAAUGAAACUAAACUGUAUAGAAUUGCAAUCUUUAUUGAUUAUUUGCACUUGCAAUCAUUCAAUUUCAAUAUGCUUCUGAA